AUGCGACUCAAGGCCAGUUGUUUAACGUGGGAUACCCAAACGCGGACACUCGAGUCACUGGUCAAAAUAUUGAUCAAUUUUUACCCAGCCCCCGUUUGCGCGGGAUCUGGCACAAAAAGCGGAGCGUUUCAGAAGUCAUCUCCACGUUUGUCUUGCCUUAAACAACAUAACCAGAAGGCACGUUUUCUUUUGUUUUUCUUUUCUUCUUCUUCUUCUUCUUCUUCUUCUUCUUCUUCUUCUUCUUCUUCUUCUUCUUCGCUUCCUAUUGCCAUGGAAACGUCUGAUAAAUGGAAAUUGACGCCGUGGCAAGAAUGGAAAGGCCAUCCAUUGUUGCUCUCAACGAUUGAGCAAAGUAAAUGUUACUGCUCCAAUGUGCUCGAUACAGCACGCACACUGCUCUGUGAGUUUAUAUUCUUUUAUAUUUUCACGUCCUCCAUUUUUUUUCUUCCUAUUUGUGCUAUUUUUUCUCCUUUUUUCAUUCAUUUCCCUUUUUCUUUCUAUUCUUUGUUUCUUUCUUUAUUUCUUUUCUCACUCAAACUUUUUACUCUCUUUCUAUUCUUUUCUUUCUUUUUGGUUUCUCUUUCAUUUUUUAGUUUCUUGCUUUCCGUUUUCGUUCCUUUCUUUAUUUCUUCCGGUGAUUUUGUUCUUAAUUUUAUAUUUUUAAUUAUGUUCUUUCUUUCUUUCUUUCUUUCUUUCUUUCUUUCUUUCUUUCUUUCUUUCUUUUUAGAUUCUCUAACAUCGCCUCGAUUACUUUCUUUCUUUCACUUGUGCUACUUUGGUUUCUUUCUUUCUUACAUUUUUUAUUGUUUAUGCAUCAUUUUUUAA